AUGAAGUCCUUUACAAAAGCAUCCAAUAACAACAACAACAACAAGAAAACAGCAUCAUCUCGAAGGGUCAAGGUGACGUUAGCAUGUAUUGUGUGCCGAAAGAAAAAGGUCAAGUGCAAUGGUGUUCAGCCGACAUGUGCACGCUGCCAUGCUAUGGGCAUCGAUUGCCAAUAUUCGGAUCCACCUAAAAAGAGAGGUCCUCCCAAAGGCCAUGUCGAGAUCAUCAAUAAUCGUGCACAUCGCAUCAAAUCUCUAUUGGGAAAAGUAUGCAACAAUGAGCAUCAUCACCAUCAUACUCCCGUCAUCAACAAUGACCCUACAUCUUCAUCAUCUUCUUUACAAGAACAACAAGAUCAGCAGCUACAACAACAAGAGCAAUGUAGUAAUCCCAUUCUUAGUAUGGUUUCAAGCACUGUGAAUUCCCAAACCAAAUGGCGGUAUGCUGGCAGCCAAGAAACAUUUACUCAGCCUUGUGCCGCUGAUAACGGUGGUGGGAAGAAUGUGCCCAAUGUCGAUCAGGCGCUACGAUGGACACGAAGCUUUUUCAAGUACUUUAAUGUUUUGUUUCCAAUCCUAUCCAAGCAUCACUUUAUACACGACCUGCUUACUACGAUCGGAGAUCCAGCAGCAACAUCAAACCAAAAAGCAUUACUUUUACGUUACGCCGUUUAUGCACUAGGAAGCCGAUACCUUUGUGAACAUCGUGCAAGUAACGCAUGGUUUGACAAGUGUCAAGAGUUGCUGUGUAUGGAGAUGUCUGAUGACGCCGGGUCAUCGGCGGGCCAUUUUCUGUUGCUGCCCACGGUUCAGGCUAUGGCCAUCAUGUGCUGGGGUGCUUAUCUUUCAGGGAAUCUGACACAAUGCAACACCCUACGUCGCCAUUUGGCUAACCAUUUCUUACCACGCCUGCUGUCAUCUGCUACUACGAGUGAUGGCCAUUCCAUUGUGCAUAACGAAUUGAUGCAUCGUGCCCUCUGUGUCAUUUAUACAAUGGAUCAGUGGUUAGCUAUAUGUACCGGUGAACAAUAUCAUCAUGACUUGUACCAACGAUAUCCCGAACAACCACGUCUCGAAGAUUGCCAGCUAUAUGCAAUCGAUCAACGCCACCAACGUUUUGCAACAGCAGUAGGUGAAUCCGAGUCUUUUGAAUCAGCCUUGCAGAUUUCCAACUUUGGUGAGAUGAUCAAACUUGCACACAUCCUGAGAGAGAUGCAUCAACAAUCAACAUCAACCCCACAACAAUUACAUGGUGCCUUGACUGAAUGGCUUGUUCAUUUACCAUCCUAUUUGGAAUUUGGCAAGGAGACGCCUAUUGCACGUAUCCUUCACAUGUUGUACUAUACGAUGCUCAUCUUGAUGCACCCGCCUAGUCGUAUCAUGGCAGCCAACACGAUGGUUCAUUUGGCUGAGCAAGAACAGGAAUCAGCCUACCUUUACAAUUUGUUCGGUAUCUCGCUCACCAUGGCAACCUCGAUCCAUGUGGAUAGGAUUAAAAAGGAAGGCCUUACUGCACAGAAUAAUCUUGACAAAAGCGUGCGUAUUUUGCGUCGAGCAGCUGAUGCAUUACAAAUCACCCAAGCCAGCUUUGACCGAUUACUUGAAAGUCAUUGUGGUACUUCAGGCCAAGUUUUCCCAUUCGACUUGGUGCAACAAUCAACGCCAUUACAACAUGACAAUGAACGUCAGCAAGUUUUUAUUCGCGAUAGCCAAUGGUUUGAUUUUAACAGUUGGUUGCCUCCUGAGCAGCAGCCACGACAUCCAUCUUCAUCACCUUUAUUAUUACCAUCAUCAUCGAUGAAUCAAAUUCUAUCAUCACCCACUCCAACAACAUCACCAUGGGACUUUAUGCUUUCGUCACCUUCAACAACAGCAUCCACCACCAACAACAACAACAAUAAUAACGGCCUUGCAUCACCUGCUCUAACAUUGGCAACCACGCCCGCUGAAUCAUCCCCAGCCUCGUACUUUUCCAUAUCUUCACCUGAGCUCUUGACAUCACUAUCAUCCAACAAGGACAACAACACAUUUCUUCCCAUGGAUAGUAAUGAUUUCAUACCAACCACUACUACCACAACCAAUUUUCUCUAA